CUUUAAAAAAAUGGCGUUCAGUCAAAAUCAUAUGGAAUGAAAGUUUCUUGUGAGAAAAAGUACUUCGUGGUUUAUUUUCUUCAAUUCUACGUAAAAUAGUGAAAUUAAGUGGUAAAUAAUCAAUCGCAAGACGUGUGCAUUGUGUUGAAGUGCAUCCGUAAUUGCGUAAUGUUGGAGAAAUGAUAUACAAUGGGGUCAACUUUAGAAAUACUCAGUCAGUUUUGGGCCAGUAUUUGUGGUGGAUAUUUCUUCGAUCCACAUCAAAACACAUUUUGCAAUGCAAUUCAUUUGUAUUUGUGGCUAUUCUUGUUGGUAACGCCGUUCGUAUCCUUUCUGUACUUUCCCGAAGCACUAACAACAUGGGGACUGUAUGUCCUUUCGACAUUAAUUGUCAUCACCGCAGUGAAAUUAUUGAAUCUGGCGUUGCAUGUAAUGUACGACGAAGCUCAGAUAGUGUCGGAUACAAGCCUCAAGAAAUCGACAAAAAAUCUGAGACAAGCACCGACUGACGAAGAUGGGGGCAUCGAAAUGCAAGUUAUGCAAGUGUUAGGAGAUCCGUCAUCAAGAACUUCUGCUGAAAAUAACAUCAGCAAUGACCUUAGUCAAGCAAAUAGUGCAAUUUCGAUUGAUUUUCCGGAACAAAUGACCAGCACAAUCGAUCUCAAAGUUGAUGUUCAUCGGAAGAACAGCUCUGAAUCCAGCGAAAGUAUUGGUGCCAUCGGUCACUCGCAAAAACCGUUCUCCGCAUCCGACGCACCAUUACCAAAGGAAUCGAAUCGACGGUCGUUAAAAAUCAAAAGUAAGUCUGAAGAAACGCCAGCGACGACAAAGCGCAGUCCCACAUCGGACGACAGCGAUAUUGCAAAGGCUGAAGAAGUUUUCGAUCAAAUUCGUGACAUUAGACAGCAACAGAAAGCACGUCUUCCGAGUAAAUAUCGUCGACAAUUGUCCAUUCAUUCGGAGCAAACUGGUAUGGGUCUGGUAUUUAGCGGUGAAUCUGCGCCCAGUUUGAAAUUACAGCGUCAUCGUAGCUCUGAGGCCAACGAGGAGCAUCGGCAUAAUCGACACAAUCGACAUGAUCGGCACAAUCAAGGCUUUUAUCACAAAAGUUCGCACCAACUACAAUCGGUUCCGUCGGACCUUCGCUACUAUAUUCGAGCCGAUGAAGAGAAACAGAAAUUGGGUUUGAAUCAACCGAACGUGUCGAUGCGCAAGGAUUCGAACUCAACAAUGUCAGCCAUUCAAUUGUCAACGGUGAGUGGCCCAUCUUCGGGUGGAAUGUUCAGUUCGUCAACACGACUGCGCAGACACUCAACUACAACUGGAAAGCCUUCAAUGCGUCGCAUAAAGAGCGCAGCCUUAGAAACUUGUUGUGCCCAACCAUCCGUGUCCAAUUUGUCAGCCCAUCCGAACAGUGUGGAAACCAUCGGUGGCCAGACCCUCAUAAAUCCACAACAUGCAGUAUUACCACCUCCCAGUAAAUCGUUGAUUCGAAAUCAACAUUCAAAUUUGUAUUCAAAGGACAAUCCUCUGUACAGUUGCACAAAGGACAACCAAUCAGCCUCGAAAAACACGUCACAGAUAAUCGAACCUGUCUAUCCAAUCGCUGAGCAAGCAGAUGAACGCUGCACUAACGACUGUUUUAUGUACAAUUCGGGUAGUGAUGAUGAUGAUGAUGAAGAUGAUGAGGACGAUGAGGAGGAGGAGGAGGAGGACGACGACGAAGAAUUACCGGAUGAUAAGCGACAGCGUUGCUCAACGACUAGUGAAUCAGAUAUUGAUCGUCCACCAACACAAUCGACAGACUCCGAUACAGAAAAUAAUGGAUCAAGAUCACCACUGCUGGAUAUGAAAACGCGCAAUGAAUCCACAAUUCUACCUUCGACGGAAAAGAAAACUCUAACGCAACCGGAAAAAUUAAAGAAAUCUUCUCCAUCUGAAGAAGAGGCCAUUGCCACGGCCACUGUUCUAGCUAAAUCCGAGAAUGCCAAAGGCGAAGAUUCUGGUUGCCCAUCAAGUGACUGUGCAAGUGCUAGCUCGAAGGAUUUACUACUGACACAAGACACUAACGAGUCGAAAAAGCAGACCGAAAGAAUGUGGUUCGACUUUAGCAUGGACUCAAACAACAUUUCUGUAGAUGUUACAGAUCCGGGAGAAGGCAGCUCCAAAAUGGUUAGUGGUACAACCGGUAAAGAGCCGAAAAAUCUUGGAGCAAUUCCGAAAACGUCGGUCGGUGGUUCUGCGCGAAAACAUCAGUCACGCGAUCGUUACUACGACGAGGUCGAUGAAAUUAUACGAAAUAAUGAAUUGAGUGUGGGUAAAACGUCUAGUCACACAUCAUCAGCUGCUUCGUCAACCCGAUGCAGCGGAGCGAGUUACGAAUAUGAACGUCCACCGAUCGACGUUCUACAUGAAACUGGCGAUGGUUGCGGCUGGAUACUACAAAGUGCAUUAUCAAAUAAUCCAAUACUAGCUGCAGCCCGAGGAGAUCCUCCACCGUUGUUGCCUGUUUAUAAUUCACGGCAAUCGAGUAUGUUUCCCGUGGCGCGUCCACCCGGUACUUUCUUGAAUCGUACGCGACAUCAUCCACCAAUGAUACGUCGUGAAACACGAGGUCGUCCCCAAAAUUCGUCUUUCGACACAACCGUCAGCUCGAGGGAUGAGGAAAAUUCAUCACGUGUUGUGUCUGGCUGGGAAUAUGAUAAUUUCGAAAUGCAACACUCGAUCAACGCUGACAUUCUGCUCAAGCAGCUGAUGGAGCACAAUAAAACGAAUUUGUCGGACAUUGUUCAGCAAGCGGAGGGUAGCAUACCGAUUAGUGAAUUUAGUGAAUCAGUGUUCCGUGAGUGUUGGCGACAUUACACAUUGCCGCCGGAGAAGCCAGUGCAACCGAAACGAUUUUACAAAUUUCCGUUUCAUUGUUUCGGUAAACAUGAACUCAAAAUUUCGAUGGAUCGUCUACAGCUGCUAGCAAUGUUUGAUCGGGAUUUGGGCUGGUUUCCGGCCAUUUUAGCAAUCAUUCUUGCCUCAUUGGUUUCCAUAUUGGGUUCGAUUGUGCUACGUUUGAAUAUCUACAAAGAUAUUUUCGCCUUCAUCUUUUGCUUCGUAAUCGCUGGCAGUCAAUACUCAUUGCUGAAGAGCGUUCAACCGGACGCAGCAUCGCCGAUUCAUGGCUUCAACAAAACCGUUGCUUAUUCUCGUCCAAUUUACUUCUGUCUGUGUUCAUCAUUGUUAAUAUUAGCCAAUCAUUUGAUCAGUGACACCAACAGUACCUACGGCACCAUCAUAUUAUUCAACAUUCCCAUUGCUCCGAACGAGGUGUUUCGAUUAGUGCAGUACAUGAUGUCAAUGAUUUUGUUGAUGAUGCCAAUAUUCUUCAGUCUUGGACUGUUUCCACAAAUCAACACAUUCCUCAUCUACAUGCUGGAACAGAUUGACAUGCAUUUAUUGGGUGGAAAUGCGGUGUGCAGUUUGCUAUCUGCAUUCCUAGGCGUACUACGUUCUAUGUUGGCAUGCUUUAUAUUGUAUGGACCGGUGUUCGGUGGACUGUCGGAACCGCGAGGCUCGCAACACAUUUUAUUUUCCAUUUUUUGUGCACUACUCAUUGCCAUAUCGUAUCAUUUGUCGCGCAGUGCUAGUGACUUUUCGUGCAUUUGGAGCUUAAUCAAAUCCAGUUUGUUCAUCCACACGGACGAUGACGAUGACGACAAGGAACCGUCAAAUGAAACCGAACAAGUCGAUCUAGACCACAAGAAAACGGAUAGUGAAACGCAACCGGUGAAUGUAAAAGGUUCCGAUUCGGAUAGCACAAACAAAGACUGUGAUCUGGAAGAUCCAUUGCCGCGAAAGCUUCAAUCGACCGUGAAUUCUCGAUUAAAGAAUGACUUUCUUGUGUGUAUUGUGAUGGGUGUCUUAGUGUUCAGCUUACACUGUACAACUGUGUUCACCGUGUUGCAACCGGAGUUGCUUGAUAUUAUUUGUAAAAUUGCGGCCCAAUUAGGCUUUGUGUUACACUAUUUUGUGCCGCAGAUGCGAAAACAUUUGCCGUGGUUGUGUGUGGCGCAACCGGUAUUGAAGCAAAAUGAAUUCGGACAGUUUGAGGCGAGGAAUGCAGCUAAAAUUAUGUGGUUCGAGAAGACGUACGUGUGCAUCUGUUUUUUUGAGAGAAAUAUCCUAUAUCCUCUACUGUUCCUGAGUGCAUUGACUGAAAAUUCGACGGUUAUUGCACAAAAAUUUGGCGUGGCACUCGGAUCGGCAAUUAUAGUCGUGUGUGGACUGAAGUGCGUUCGUAGCUCCUAUUCGGAUCCAUCAAGUCAAUACAUAAUCGUGUUAUUUUCUGUGUUACUGUUUGGUAGAGACUUUACAACGGCUAGUGAAACGUUUCUCGUGGACUAUUUCAUUGUCGCCAUUAUUUAUAAGAAAAUCAGCGAAUUUCUACUCAAAUUACAGUUCAUUGUAACGUACAUCGCACCCUGGCAAAUCACAUGGGGUUCAGCGUUCCAUGCAUUCGCUCAACCGUUCAGUGUACCACAUUCGGCAAUGUUGUUUUUACAAGCUGGCAUCAGUGCCCUGUUGUCCACACCACUGAAUCCUUUUUUAGGAAGUGCCAUAUUUUUGACAUCAUAUGUUCGUCCCAUUAAAUUUUGGGAACGUGACUACAACACACGUCGUAUUGACCAUUCGAAUACCAGGCUUGUGUCGCAGCUGGAACGAGAUCUGGGCGCUGAUGACAACAAUCUGAAUAGCAUUUUCUACGAGCAUUUAACUCGGUCACUGCAACAUUCCCUGUGCGGUGAUUUGCUGUUGGGACGUUGGGGAAAUGUUAGUCAAGGCGAUUGUUUUGUUCUCGCAUCAGACUACCUCAAUUGCUUGGUUCACGUAAUCGAAUUGGGAAAUGGAUUGUGUACGUUCCAAAUGAGAGGCCUAGAAUUUCGCGGCACAUACUGCCAACAAAGAGAAGUGGAAGCCAUAUCGGAGGGUGUCGAAGAGAACGAAGGAUGUUGUUGUUGUUCUCCCGGCCAUAUUCCACAUUUGCUCAGUAUGAAUGCCAUGUUUUCGACCAGAUGGCUGGCCUGGCAAGUUGUUCAAUCCAAGUAUAUUCUGGAAGGAUAUUCGAUAUCUGAUAAUUUGGCACAGGCGACAUUGCAAGUGUUCGAAUUUCGCAGGGUGUUGAUUACUUACUACAUCAAGAGCAUCAUUUUCUACACGAUUCGAUCACCCAAAUUGGAGGAAUGGUUGGAAUCGUCAGCCAUCCAAGAUUCCCUACAGCACACACUGGAACGGCAGUUCGUUGAUCUCGAUCCGAUUUUCAACCACAAUUUAGAUGCAGACUUUGAGAACCGAGCUUCCGGAAUAACUCGUGCAAGUUUCUGUGAUGUGUACAUGGACUGGAUUGAAUUUUGCUGUAUGAAACGUGCGGUACAUCAACAGGCCGCGGAGAAAACGGAAAACCAGCCUAGAACCACGUCAUCUACAAAUGUAUCGAAGGGACCAUCACCGUGGUCUUCGAACAAUCCUACACCAUCUCCUAGAGAUAAUGACAAGCCAGUCGAUGGGAAGAACAAUAAUGUUGGCGAAGCUAACAAUCGACGGACGGUUAUCCAUACAAGUCGUGAUUCACCUUUGAUCUCGUUGCUUCUUGCAUUGGGUCUUUUGGCCCGCAGAACUCUAGCCACUGCCAGUAACAGUUCAUUAGUCACAAACGUCGAGUUUUUUCUGCAUGGACUGCACGCACUAUUCAAAGGAGACUUUCGUAUAACUUCACCUCGCGACGAAUGGGUGUUUGCUGAUAUGGAUCUGCUGCACAGUGUUGUUGCUCCUGCUGUGAAAAUGGCACUGAAAUUGCAUCAAGACCAUUUUCUCAGUCCCGAAGAGUAUGACGAAGCCUUUGCCUUAUAUGAUGCCAUCACAACCCAUUCAAGAGAAUUGGUAAUAUCCCAUGAAGCCGAUCCACUGUGGCGAAAUGCUGUGCUUCGUGGUGCACCGAACCUGUUAGCUCUGCGCCAUGUCAUGGAAGAUGGUUCCGACGAAUAUCGAUUGAUUCGUCUGACGAAAAGAUUCCUUAGCUUCCGGGUGAUCAAAUUGAAUCGUGAAUGUGUGAGGGGACUGUGGGCUGGACAGCAACAAGAAUUGAUUUAUUUACGGAAUCGUAAUCCGGAACGUGGAAGUAUUCAGAAUGCUAAACAGGCUCUGCGGAACAUCAUCAAUUCGUCUUGUGAUCAGCCGAUAGGCUAUCCGAUUUAUGUGUCACCGUUGACAACGUCAUACGCAGAAACAAAUGAGCAGCUGAACAGUAUCGUUGGUGGUGCAAUAACGUUAGAAAAGAUUCAUAAAAUGGUGGUUGGAUUUUGCCAACGUGUACGGCAACGCUGUCGUGAAGGAUGUAGCAGCGGUAGUGCAACAUUGGAUACGGAAGCUGACAUACAAGGUGUUUAUUGCAAUGCUCCUACACCGAACAAUACUCUGUCUGGAACGACAGGCACAUUAUCCUACGGUAGUCAAAGUCUAUCGGGUGCCGGCAAUCGUGGUAGUUUAGCUAGUAUGGGUAAGCCGACGAAUUCGGCUCUUUUUGCGAAUCUGUUAAAUCGUGAGCGCGAACGUGAUAGGGAAACCGAACGCGAUAGUAUCAGGGAAAGAGGCACCAAACGACGUAGUUCUGGCAUCGCCAAAGCGGAACGUGAUAAUGAUAGAAGAGCAACGUUACCUGCCACUGCCACCGGUUCAAGUGAUCGUGAUCUAACUGUCAAAGAGACUGCCACUGGUGAUGCAAAGAGUCAUCCAAAUGCUAACGAAUCGUAUGUGAUGAUGACGUCGUUUUUAAAGCCGAACAGCUCGUUCUCGUCUGGUCAUUUGGGAGCACGAAAUACAUCGGCCAAUUCACGGAAUGUUUGCAUCAGCAUGGAUCGUAAAUCGAAAUCAGAAGAGCGACAAAGUAGCCGUGAACGUAUCGGCGGUGACAGUGAACAACUGGCAGCGGCAUUUUCACCGCCUCACAUUGAAUACCAAAAGAAAGUGAUAAUAGUCGAUUCGAGCGAAAUCUACGAUUGCCUGGACCUAGGCCGUCGAAUCGAUGUAGUGUGGCCAAAUGAAAUGAUGCGACUGUGCGGCGGACGAUCAUCAUGGGCCGACUGGAAGCCGCAAGAGGGUAUGGUUGGGUAUGUAGUUCACUAUUGGGUGCCCAAUCACCCGGACAACUAUUUCCGAUCCAAUUUCAAUCGAACGCUGUUCCUGAUUCAAAUCGGUGAUAAGUACGUUCCCGUUGGUGAGAAUGGUGUCAAGGAGUACAAUACGGUCGGAUCGGAUGAACGCAUUAAAAUUGUGCAUAUGCCGAAGGAGGAAUUGAAAUUGGAUGUGGAUGAGCACGACAUUUUGGAAGAGAAAAGCGAAGGUGAGAGUGUCACCGAAGAUUAUGUAUUGUCGGCGGAUCAUAGUGCGUGAAGUUGUCACGAUGCUGUGCCACAUUAUCGACAAAUAAAAUAACUCCAAUGUGCAUAGUGUAAAUAGUGUAAAAAGAGAGUACUAGUGACGUCCGGUUGGUUAGUUUUAGGUGUAGCUAGGACCGUUUUUUUAUUUUGAAAGAAACCAAUUUUAUGAAGUACAUGCCAAAUAAUAUUUUAAAUUAAUUUUUUUGAAA